CAAGAAAAUACUCAUACCAGUUCCACAAAAUCUUGCGUCCACAAAACUUUUAUUGUUCACGUGAUUAGAGGCAAGCUGGGAAAUACUAGAAUCUUCCACAGGAAGUGGAUCCUACUGGAGCGUGGUGUCUUCCUAGCGGACCCUCUGGAUGUUCCCACUUUCAGGUCCACGACUGUUGUUCCAUUAUUCAUGUCACUGGAAAGCCAGUUUACCGUUCGUACCAAAAGUUACAUCAUGGAAGAGGGUUUCGCAGAAGCUCGGAAGAGAUUCGAGGAGUUCGAGAACGCAAUCACUGAAUUACUUUCCUCCUUUCCCAACAGUCGCCAACUCCUCCGCAACUGGGUGACCGAUUUGGUAUCACCACUGAAAUCUCAACUGCAGGAAACGAUAGGGGAGGACGGUCCUUGUAGCAAGAGCUUCAUGGAGGGGAUAGCGCCAGAAACGGUGUCCUCUCCCCCAAGCCUUCUUGAGGACUGUGAGAGUCUUGGAGGUACCCCGCGCGACUUACUCUGUCCCGACACACCAUAUUCGAAGUCUCCUCCACACACGAAGAAGCAAUCCGUAGACCAAACUUCGAGACUGAUCUUCGAUGACAUUGGGAAAAAUCAAUGUCAGGAAUCUGGAGAAGUAUUCUGCCCGCUUCCGAAUCCUAGUUCGGUAGGCACCGGAGACUACUUUUCGCCUGAUGAAUCGCAUAGUUCUAAUUUAGUGUCCUCAAUGCUCGAUUCAGGCUCUGCCACCCGGCCUUCACUGUGUGCAGAAGAUUCAACAAUGGACCAACGGCCUGGACUGGUUCAAGUUAGUAUUGGACGAAAUAAUCAGCUUCUAGGUAGGGACGAGAACGACGCUCUGCAUUGUGCGUCAGAAAAGCUGUGUCUGUUUCAGCAAUCAAGCACAUGCGGUCCUGAAGAGUACACCAAAGUGACAUCGUCAUCUGGCGCUGAUACUUCCAUGGAUGUCGAUGUCGGUGGCACUUGUAGUGACUUGGAUAAACCUGACAGUCCAGCAGCAGAACAACCGUGGUCUAAAGAUGACAUUGACAGUCCGAUAGCGGACGAGACGAUUACCAAUGAAGACUCUGCAGGUCCCUCCGAACCUCUAUCCGAUCCACGCAAUCCACGCAGACCAAAUUGUAAGCACAAAAAAAAACGCAAUGCCAGUGGAACAGGUUCGCAACGGAAAAAGGCAAAGUUGGGACUGAAUGAGCACCUACCGGAAUUCGUGGGUUGUGAAAUUCCUGCGCAGGAGAUAUACAGGCGCUUCGCAGGAAACUGCAAGAGUGACGACAGUCCUGCAAUUCUCACUAACCUCUAUUUCUCGAUCGCUUGUCAAGAAGCUUUCGUGCAGCUCAAGAAAGCGAUUCCUCAGCUUCGCGGAAGUAUGAAGAUUUCGUUUUCAGCCAAAACAGUGUUUAGUAACCUGCAGUCUUUGGAUCAAGUGGCCUCAAACCUGACUGCUGGACGCAUCAUACAACGUCAUCUUCUCGUGGAGCUGGUGAACCAUCGGAACCAACUUGUGGAGAAGUAUAAACCCGAGAGAUAUCGGCGGGCGAAGAUGAUCAAAGAGGACAAACGGCGUCUAGAGCGCCCCGACGGACUGGCCCUUGACGAAAUGAUAAAGGAGGCUUAUCCGACGAUGAUAAAGGAUUCAGAUGAGUAUAACAAACUCCGGACCACGCUAAGAAACAAUCUGAGUAGUGGUCGAAAUCCGCACACCCUCGCCCAAGAAAUUGGGAGACAUAUCCUGGACCUGAUACUAGUAGCCGAGGGGCCCGGAAAGUUGGGCGUAACGGACAAUCAGUAAGAGCCUCCCCAG